UAGUCCGGCUGAAAGUGGGUGCAGCGCUAUGAGCUCGCGUUGGCGUAUCGGUCUCGCGCGAUUUUUCUACAACUCGACAAUUUGGUUUUCUAUCGCUUUCGGCAUAUUACCGUUUCGUUAUGAUUCAAAACUACAAAGGAUCUCCACCUCCAAAUACAGCUUCGUCUAUAGCAUCUGCAUUAACGUGGUAAUAGUAUUUGUGGCUUUUGGGGCUUGGCCAACCGACGAUAUGAUGGAAUUGGACUUACAGCAAUAUAAUAAACUAAUGGCCUUAAUGAUCAGAGCCAUAGUCGUGUCGCAUGUCUAUACGUUGAUUACGAUUGUUGUGAUAAAUUGGCGCAAAUACAAAUCGGUGUUGCACAUCUUCAACGAAUUCGCCGCCAUCGAGCGGAUUUAUCUCGCCAAGCAUGCCGAUUUGGCGCGCAGCUGCAGCGCCUUCGAUGCCUGCAUCAUUUGGAAGGGUGUAGCAACGCUUUUGCAAAACAUCUCCUUCAUAUUUGUGAUUUUUGAAACGACAUCGGAGUUGAGCAUGCAUGCAGUGAUUGUACUUGGCUUUGCAUUAACGAUGGGCAAUGUGAUUUUUCUUGUCGUGCUGCACUUUUAUAAUUUCGUCGUUAUCACUUACCGUUGCCUGUGGAUACUGCAACAGCGUCUACAAUAUCUAGCCAAUCAAAGCGCUAUGCCGACAACAUUACGCAACGUCACCUGUGAGGUGUAUGAAAUAACGGGCAUCUACUUGCGUUUGAUGAAGUUGUGCAAGAGCUUUGGCAGCGUUUAUGGCCAGCAGCUGUUGACCAGCAACUUCGCUAUAAUGUGUACGAACGUACAGUCGUUAUAUCAUUUGCGCAUCAUUUGGAGCGACAAAGUUAACGACUUGACCGCUUGGGAUAUGUUUUAUACGUCACAGGCGGUGCUGAUAAACAUUUUCGACUUUUGGCUCACUAUUGCUGCGUGCGAAUUGGCCUUAGGCAAGGCGCGAGAUAUAGCGCAGCUCCUGCGGACUUUCAAUGAUUUCGAGAAAUUGGAUGUGGAGCUCGAAAAAAGUGUAAGUUUUGUGUUGAAAGGAGGGUUCUAA